AUGCAUGCAACCAAGAAGUUGCCAGAGGAAUUGCAGGCACUUAUCAGGGCUCGACUUACAGAGAAUGGCAUACAGAAUGACACCGCAUCGACCAACAUUGGACGGGUCGCCGGGCACUUGGAGAGUUUGCGUCUCAGUCAUUGGGGACUCACACCAGACAAGUUCAUGGAUAUCUUUGGCCCUGCGAUGAUUGUGAACAGGCGCUUUGUGUCAGCACUCCUCAAAUUAUCCCAGACUUUCCCAGAUCUGUCCUGGGAGCACGCAUUCGCUAAGCUGUCGGUGUACAAAAGCUCAGAGCUUCCCUGGAGUGAGCGCGUCAUUAAUCAUGCCUGGGAUGCUCUUGCGCUAUCAUCAGAGCUUGCGCCCGAGACAAAGAGCCCUCUGAGUCACGGAGGACGAAAAAGGAACGCUUCGUUCCUAGCAAUGUCGCCCUCCAAGCGACAGGCAACUGCCAUUGUCCGCAGGUCUCCUCGUCGUCGGCGCGCAGACAUCCAUUGCCAAUUGUUGUCACAUGAGGAACUUGGACAUGUUGCAACCUCCAUAGAGGACACGACUAACGAAGUUAACGGCUACACUGAUGGUUCAAAUGCUGUUCAGCUAGGGGCAUUAGAUGAUGCGCUGCUGAGUGAAGCUCCAAAUAUUCUCGACACUGGUGGACGCGAGCCCCAGGAUGUGAACCACAAAUGCAGACAAUCUGCAACUGAUUUUGAGCUAUCAGUCGACGAGGAUUUACCUUCUGCAGAUGCCAGCUUCGUGAGUGUGGAGGUUGGCCGAAUUGCACCGAUGCCUCACGAUACAGAAUGUCCUAACCAUGAUUGGGACACGCCUGUCGUCGAGGUAUCAACUUACGCGUUGAGCGACGUAUUAUCCGACAGGACGCCUAUACCGAUUGAAAAUCCGUUACUUAUGCCUGCUUCGUCUCAGGCACAUCCUCCAGCCAAAUUGCCAACGCCAGGUAAUAGUAAAGAUGCCCAGAUGUUCCAACUUGACGUUGACCAUGGCAGCGACCUACUAGACGUCCAGCGCAUGCCACAGAAUCUCCAAAUGCAACAGCAAGGCAAUUCCUCUGUCGCAUUAUCCAGCCAUCGCAGGUUCGAUAGCGAUACGAUGAACAUGCUUCAGCAUCUUGAGCAAGGCCGAUGUCUGAACCAUAGCACAGUUAUGGGUCUACUCCAUGCAUUAUUACCACAGGCUCGAUGCACACUCCAUGAUCCGGGCUCAAUUCCCGCACAUCUUAUGCAGGGUAAGGAAGAUAAAGUCGUGAAGCAACUGAAGCGCUGGAGUCCUCGGCCGUUGUUGCGCGAUCCAGAAGACAGCCCAAAGACCAUCCUGGUACCUCUCCUCGUACCAUCACCAUCAGACAAUGUUGUAGGUCACUGGAUUCUCUACGCCAUCUCUCCACCUCAGGCGACAAUUAUGGUUUACGACAGCUUGUACAAGAAGCAUAGACUAGAGAGAAAAUUGCUUUGUGCGGGUCAGAUGAUUGCGACGGCGGCCGGGAUCGAUCAUGCAAGAAUCCUCCUUGAGCACGAUCAGCCGCAGCAGAAGAACAACGCAGACUGUGGUAUUUUUACCAUCAUGUUCGCCCUGCUUCUUGCUGUAGGAAAGCAUCCGAAAGAUCUCCCAUUUGAUCCCCUGACAUGCCGGAUGGUUUUCCGUAUGCACCUGGAGCGUCAUUCACAGCCAGACCCUGAUCAAUCAAACAAUGCAUCUCUUCCUGAUGGCAGGCAUGUAUAUUCAAUGAAGAUGUGGCGUGAUCUAUACGAAGCUUGUGGUGAGGCAGGAGCAAGCCCGGCGGAAGAAACCGAUGAAGAGCGCCUCAAGAGUCUACUUCGCGUACAAAGACAACCCAAACCCAAUAAUGGACACCUUGAGCAGAUGAAAUCGCUGAUCGAACUCAUCACGAAAGAAGCAGACGAGGCUGUAUUGAUCAGGCACCAACGACACCAUGAGCACGCUGCGUUGAGGACAAAGCUCGAAGUAUUCAUCAACACCACGCUUGGAGCCGAAGGAUCCAUGGAAUGGAGCACAAUCUACAAUGACCAACUCCAGCAAAUGAGGAUGAGUGCGAAAGCAGCACUUGCAAAACGUGAUGAGCGUGAACUUCAGAGAUUGUUGCGGAGGGCAAAGACCAUCGUUCUUAAUAUUGCGCAUCUCAGAAAUGACAUUGUACAAGCCAAGGAGUUGAUGAGUCGGCUGGCGGGAGAACUUGGCAUGACCAUUAUGCGUUUGAAGAGCCAAAUCCAGCAAGCGGCAGAGCAAGACGAGCAGCAGGCAGUUCAACUGGAACGACAGGCCAUCGAAUGCAAGCAAAAGGCCGCAGACCGCCGAAGACUUCUAGACGAACUUGGAUUAACUGUGCAAUAA